GUUUUCAAACCUUAACUGUAAGCUCGGCUCCCGUCUCUGCUGAGGUCGCCGGGAGCCACCUCACAAGGAGCCGGGUCACAACUGUUGGCCGUUGUGCGGAAGAAUAAAAGUGGGUCCUGCCACGCUCGGAGAUACCCGGGGCCCCAACCGGCUAGAGCUGGAGAACGAGUCCUGUUGCGGCCACUGGCGUGGGGCGGGACGGGAGCCCCCUUGGAGGGGCCAACUCCGCAAGAACUUGCUGCGGCCGGAGCGGUAAAAAUAAGUGACUGAAGAAGCAUAUCUGGAAGUCAUCUAACAUGUCGAGGAGAAGAUUUGAUUGCCGAACUAUUUCAGGCUUGCUAACUACAGCUCCUCAAACUCCAAUAAAAAUGGAAAACUUUAAUAAUUUUUAUACGCUCACGUCUAACGAGCUAGGAAGAGGAAAAUUUGCUGUGGUUAGACAGUGUAUAUCAAAAUCUACUGGCCAAGAAUAUGCUGCAAAAUUUCUAAAAAAGAGAAGAAGAGGACAAGACUGUCGAGCAGAGAUUCUGCAUGAGAUUGCUGUGCUUGAAUUGGCAAAGUCCUGUCCCCAUGUGAUUAACCUUCAUGAAGUCUAUGAAAAUACAAGUGAAAUCAUUUUGGUAUUGGAAUAUGCUGCAGGUGGAGAAAUUUUCAACUUGUGUUUACCUGAGCUGGCUGAAAUGGUCUCCGAAAGUGACAUUAUCAGACUCAUUAAACAAAUACUUGAAGGAGUUUAUUAUCUACAUCAGAAUAACAUUGUACACCUUGAUUUAAAGCCACAGAAUAUAUUACUGAGCAGCAUAUAUCCUCUUGGGGACAUAAAAAUUGUGGAUUUUGGAAUGUCUCGAAAAAUAGGAAAUGCAUGUGAACUUCGGGAAAUCAUGGGAACGCCAGAAUACUUAGCUCCAGAAAUCCUGAAUUAUGAUCCUAUUACCACAGCAACUGACAUGUGGAAUAUUGGUAUAAUAGCCUAUAUGUUGAUAACUCAUACAUCCCCAUUUGUGGGAGAAGAUAAUCAAGAAACAUACCUCAAUAUUUCUCAAGUUAAUGUAGAUUAUUCAGAAGAAACUUUUUCAUCAGUUUCGCAGCUGGCCACAGAUUUUAUCCAGAGUCUUUUAGUAAAAAAUCCAGAGAAAAGACCAACAGCAGAAACCUGCCUUUCUCAUUCUUGGCUACAGCAAUGGGACUUUGGAAAUUUGUUUCACCCUGAAGAAACUUCCAGUUUCUCUCAAAGUCAGGAUCAUACAACAAGGUCCUCAGAAGACAAGACUUCGAAAUCCUCUUGUAAUGGCACCUGUGGUGAUCGAGAAGACAAAGAGAAUAUCCCAGAGGAUAGCAGUAUGGUUUCCAAAAGAUUUCGCUUUGAUGACUCAUUGCCCAAUCCCCAUGAACUUGUUUCAGAUUUGCUCUGUUAGCACUUUUCUCUUCGACUCAUUUGGACUAAAUUUGAAAUUUGAAAGCCACUUGAGUAUGUGGUUGUGGUUUGUAGCUUCAUAUAUGGCUUGUUUAUAUUGUAAAUGCACUUUGACAUAGAAAAAUUUAGGGAUUGUUUUAAUGUUAAAUUACUAGUUACUAGCAUAAUUUCAUUUCCUAUCCUGACAUACCAACUAUGCAAAGAAGAAAAUGUUUAAAUAUGUGACCAAAAAUAAAAGUGCACGUGAGUUUACAUGUUAUUGGAAGAAUUCAAGUUCAAAUGGGUUUAUCGAAAUGUUUUAUGUGUCAGGGAAAAAGUGAUUUGAAUUAUAUUAUGGCUGAUGUAAACACAACAAAUUGAAGACACUUGAAUUUAAUAAGUUUUCUAAGGAAAGUUCUAUACCAUGCCUCUGUUGAGAAAAAAUUUUUAGGAUAGCACUGGCAAGCAAGAAUAUGUACAGUUUUAUAGAUAUUCAAGAGCUGUCGUACAUUUGAAAAUGUUUUUUGAUUAUGAGUAUUUUGAAACUACAUAAGGUUUCUAUUAUAUAUGGUCU